AUGUCGGCCUACCUUGUCCACCUUGCGGGGGGUGCCCCAACUCGGCAGUCUUCUGUUAAUUGUUGCAACACACACAUUGGUGGCCAUGGUGUGCCGCUUUAUGAAACCCACUACUCAUCCUCAGAGGAGAGUACGAGUGACUCGAUCCCUAGCCUUGCUCAUAGUGAUGCUUCCACUGUCGUGUCGUGCAUCAAAAGCCUUGGUGCCGAUGCUGGCAACAUUGAUGAAAAAAAUGGCAAAGCGAUCAAGGAGACUUCUGACAACAGAUGCUCUCUUCUUGGGCUCUCCGAGUCUGUGGACGACAAAGAGCUCUUCCGCCAUGACAAUAGCUUGGAACUAGAUGAUGAUGGAGAUCAAGCCGAGGGUGUCUUUGGGGCUAUCAAACCCGAUGACACCGCUACAACCACCCAGGCUUCCAUGCUCCUUCACAGAUCGUGUGCCACUCAAGCACGCGCAUGUGCUGAAGUGCGCAUUGGUUUCGGGGGCCAAAUAUCACGAUGGCGCAGAGGCUCUGAACUUAGCUACGUCAUCUGCGAGGAGAGCUUCCCGACACAGAACUCAGCGAUGUUGGCAAAAGCUGCGAUGCGAACAGCCACCUCUAUGUGGAAAGGCAUUGGUGUGCGUUUUAGACAAGUUGAGCGCCACGAUGAAGCUACAUUCGCCGUUGUUUACGAAGACUCAAGCGAAGGUGUUUAUGCUGUCUCUUUCUUCCCACGGGCUUCAGGAGGCAAGUUAAUCUUGUUUGAGUCAAGCCUGUCCAACACUGAUUACCUGGCCAAUAUCUUGGUCCAUGAAGUUGGUCACAUUUUGGGUCUCAGGCAUGAGUUUGCUGACGAAAGAGAACCUGAGCCGUCUAUACUCAUUGGACGCGAGAACACCAACUCAGUGAUGAAUUACUUUAAGCAGUUGAGCAAAUAUCAAGUUACUGAAGAAGAUCUCCAAGAGUUAGCAGAAUUCUAUGCAUAUGAUGAAGGAGAGCUGUCAAUCUCUGACAUCGAUCCAAAGGUAAGGCCCUUUACUAGGGCACUCUGGCGAGGAGAUGCAUCGCUAGCCCUUACUGAACUUUGCUAA